AUGGGUAUGCUCGUUCGAAAGUACCAUAUCGAUCCCAAGUUUCAUCCUCGCUUGCCGGAGGCCAACGAUGCCAUUACCGAUGCUCCUGAAGGCUUCUUGGGGGUUUAUCGGGUAUUAUUCAAGUCUGGGUUACGCCUCCCUGCUUUUUAUUUACUUGUGACCAUUCUGGAUUAUUACGGUCUGCAUAUCGCCCAGAUAACCCACAAUGGAUUUCGCAAGGCUCUUUGCUUUACCCUGUUGUGUGUUGCCCUAGAUGUGUCGCCGUCUAUCACCCUGUUUCGUUAUUUAUACCUUCCUAUGUCCAAUGGAGAAUGGGUUUCCUUCUCCCUUCGCCAUGGUUUCGUAACACCUUGUUCCGAAUCGCUCUCCUAA